UCUUCCCACUUUUGCCUAGUCAACAUGGUCAUUAUCGCGUCAUUCGUAGUUCAAACCUGAUCGAAUCAAGAGAGAAAAAGAAGAAAAUAAAUCGGCAAUUCACGUUCCGCGUUCCAUCUCAAUCGAUCGUCGCUGAGAGUCCGCGCGACUUUGGGGAUUCAAAGGUACCUCCGGUAACCUCGUUAGGCGUCAAUCCCGAUGAGCAUUAACGUGCAUAUCGUGCGCUUCUUGACAAAAUCGUGUUAUAUUCUAAUCAUGUGGCCGCCUCCAUCGACGUAUAAAUAUCUGGAUGAAUGGAACAUUCCGUGAGAUAAGGAUUCUAAUCAGCAGCAAUAAGGGAUGAAUUACGAUACAAGCUGCAUUACGAUUAAAUGGAUACGAUAUCUUCAAUGGAUACCAUGACGGAGGAGGAGGAGGUGUUGCAAAUAUUAGAAAAAGGAAGUAUAAAAGAACAUCUCUCACAACGAUUAAAAAACGCACCACAGGUUAUGUUAAGUGGACAUAGAAUCACCAUUGAGAUAGAAGAGCUCGAUGAGUUUUAUAUACAGAAAGCCAAGGAGGAACUACGAGAAACGCCGGAGAUAGUUGCUCAGAGUAUCAAAGAGUUGAAGGAACUGAUUGCAGGAGAAAUCAAUGUACGUAUCACCGAUACCGACGAGUUCUAUACCAUUUUCUUACGUUGCUGCAAGUGGCAUGCGCAAAAAGCUUUCUCACUCAUGAAGGCAAUCUGCCUCUUCCGUCAGAAUUAUCCCCAUAUUUGUACCAAUCUAAAACCGAGCAGACAAAAAGAAGCGCUUUGCUCUGGCUUAAUAUAUCCGAUGCCACUUCGCAACCAAGACGGAUCUAGGAUUUUCGUAAUAGAGAUAGGAAAACGGUGGAAACCAAAGCAGAUUUCAUUAGAUCAGAUAUUUAUAGGAUUGUUACUUUGCACAGCCGCAGCGACGAUGGAACCAAAAACACAGGUCGCUGGUGGGCAUGUCAUCAUAGAUCUGGAAGGUCUUUCUCUGAGUCAAGUGUCGUAUUUUAGUCCGAGUUUCGCUAAAAUGGUGACAGAUUUUAUACAAACGGCUUUACCUUGCCGUCUCAAAUCUAUCAACAUCGUGAAUCAAUCGUUUCUCUUCAAUGUGGUAUUCGCAUUAUUCAAACCGUUCUUACAGGAGAAGUUGCGCAAACGAAUCCACUUCCAUGGCACGAAUAGGCAAUCUUUAAUGGCUUAUGUAGAUAAGAGCGCAUUACUUAAGAAACAUGGCGGCGAGUUGGACGCGACAGAUGAUUCGUUUGGCGUGAAUCUAUGGCAGCUUUUUUGCACAUUUGAUUCUUUUUUCAUAAUUCUGAAUCAUUUAGGAUACAUAAAUAAAGUAUGACCGCUGCUCAAGUCAAGUAAUUAUCGUUGGUGAUUGUGUUUAUCAUCAGCCACCGUGCGUAUAGGAAAACAAAAAGAGAAAACAUUGUUCAAACCGUCUAAAAAGACACACGAUUAUCACCAUCAUUAUUUGGAUAUUUGAAAUGUCCACAUCGAGAGAUGGCGAAUUGUCGUUUCUGUCGAGUCAAAGUUAAAGAUAAUCCGCUAGAAUAGAAGUAAAAUUCAGAUUUAAAUAAGGAUAAAUGCAAUAAAUAAAUAUAUGUGUGUUGCUCCUACCUAACCUAUAGGUCGUUAAACAAGACAUCAAUUUUAUCUACAUCAGUGUUUUUAGUUAUUAAAUACAUGUAUAUUAAAGCGUUAA